CCAAGUCCAAAGACAACAAGGAAAGAAAGUUACAGACCCAACCCUCUCCUCUCCGAUUAAAAAAAACCAGUCUCAAAAGCCAUCCCAUGUGACCAAACCCUUGUGCCAAAUACCGACUGCCCUGUCUCCCUCCUUUCCAUAAUAACAGGACUCCCAAGAUUUUGCACAACCUAUGUCCCAAACUCCACUCUGUUUUUCUCGUCAAAAGAUUGCAACUUGUUUUUGACAACUUUGCUAAUGAUCAUCCCUUCUAAGCGAAGCCUUUUGUUUUCUUAGAACAUUUGCUUUUGCUGGCUUAAUCUCCAAUUCCAAUUCCAAUUCCGUGUCUUUUUGGGAAAGAAAAAAAAAUGCCUUCUCAUAUCCUGCCUGUCACAAACCCCAACCUCCAUUCUUCGAAACAACAUUCCUAUCUCCGUAUUGACCCAACAACAAUGCCAUUAAAACAAGAUGACCCAAUUACAAGCACCAGGCUCGUGUCUUCUCCCUUUGAAGAUGAAACCAUCAUUUCUGUUAGGCCUCUUUUGUCUAGAACUCCAAGUUUUGCAGGUACUACUACAACUUCUUCUUGUGCUAGUUAUCAGCAAAGAAGGCGACGUGUUGCCAGUGAAAACUCGCUCUCUUCCCUUUCAGAUGAGUCUAUUGGUCAACGCCAAUCUCUUGCUCGUGAAGUGGAUCAUGCUGCUCCUGAGAGGUUUCUUCUUACUAGAUUGAGCCUGAAGCUUUUAAGAUAUAUGGGGGUAGGGUACAGAUGGAUCAUGAGAUUUCUUGCCCUUGGUUGUUACUCUUUGAUGCUUUUUCCUGGUUUUAUUCAAGUUGGAUAUUACUAUUUCUUCUCCGGUCGGGUUCUGAGAAGUAUAGUAUAUGGUGAUAAACCAAGAAACAGGCUUGAUCUAUAUUUACCAAAGAAUACAGAUGGUCCAAAACCUGUUGUUGCAUUUGUAACAGGAGGAGCCUGGAUUAUUGGUUAUAAAGCAUGGGGGUCUCUUUUAGGACAACAGUUAUCAGAAAGAGAUAUCAUGGUGGCUUGCAUAGAUUACAGAAAUUAUCCUCAGGGAACCAUGAGUAAUAUGGUGGAGGAUGCUUCUGAGGGUAUCUCAUUUGUCUGCAACAAGAUUGCGGAAUAUGGAGGUGAUCCUAACAGGGUUUAUUUAAUGGGACAGUCGGCUGGCGGACAUAUUGCUGCUUGUGCACUUGUGGAACAGGCAAUCAAAGAGGCUGGUGAAGGAGGGAGCACUACCUGGAGUGUUUUGCAGAUAAAGACUUAUUUUGGCUUAUCUGGCGGGUAUAAUUUGUUUAACUUAGUAGAUUACUUCCAUAGUCGUGGUCUGUACCGAUCCAUCUUCUUAAGCAUAAUGGAAGGGGAAGAGUCUUUAAGACGAUUUUCUCCUGAAGUAAUUGUACAGGACCCAAACUUGAAAAAAGCAGUUUCUCUUCUACCUCCUAUUGUUCUUUUUCAUGGCACUGCAGAUUAUUCCAUUCCAGCAGAUUCCAGUAAAAGUUUUGCUGAAACCCUACAAAGUGUCGGAGUUAGAGCUGAAUCAAUUUUAUAUGAAGGGAAGACUCAUACAGAUUUGUUUCUACAGGAUCCAAUGAGAGGUGGCAACGAUAGGAUGUUUGAAGAUUUAGUGUCCAUCAUUCAUUCUGAUGACAGAGAAGCCCAAGCCAAAGAUGAAGUGGCUCCUCCAAGAAGACGCCUUGUACCUGAAUUCAUGUUACAGUUGGCUCACAGAGUGAGCCCUUUUUAAUGUCUUCCAAACACUUCCCAUACGAUUAUUAUUGAUUCGGUCUUUUCAUA